AUUCUACAAUCGAAUACGAAAAAAUCAUUAUUCUUCACUACUUAUGUUUUGUUGUUUGCCACUGUAUUGUAUACAAUGGCGAGAUCCCAUCAGGAUGUGUCUGCCUUAGACUUAAAAGACAGGCAGGGGUGGGUGAAUACAAGUGGCCAAGUUUCAUUGCGGAUGCUCAGUGGGUAUAGAUUAGGGUUUGCAUGAAUUUUCUAUUUUUUCUUCCUCAAUUACCUUCAAUCAACAACACACAUCAGCAACCAAAUAUGUCUACGAAUCCAUUUGAGAGUGAUUCCAUGGAAGCAGACAAAAACAAUCCGUUCAGCAGCGGUUUUGCUUCUAAAGACAAGGAUAGCAUUCGUAAUACACAUAGAGAGCUAAAGUCCCCUCCCAACGAAUCACAAUGGAACAGUAGUAAACGAAAUCAACAGUGCAAUGUGGAGCAGCAACUGCGAGAGCGCAACCGAUCAUCACCUCUCCAAAGCCAACAAAGAUCAGAGUCUUUGAGGUUUGCCGAAAAAGACGAUAAGGAUAAACAAAAUCACCAAACUUUAGGUGAAAGAACGGGGCACGAUAAUGGUGAUGACUACAGCAAUUAUCGGAGGACUCAGAGGCAACAAACAAAGCAACGUUCCCGGUACAGACCAGGCAUUGAUGACGACAACGACAACGAAGGUGAUGGAGAGGAUGCCUAUGCAGCCACUCGAUUUGCGGAUGAAGAUGGUGAACGACAAAUGGAGAAGAUCAAGCAAGACAUUCGUAAUGUCAAACAAGAUACUUUGGACAGUACUCGAAACGCUUUACAAACGAUCAAUGCAACGCAAGAAUCUGGCGGUCAAACUCUCGCCAGCCUUAACGAGCAAGCAGGACAAAUCGCGAAUAUCGAUCGAGACAUGGGUACUGCUAAAGAGCAAGUCGACGAAGCAGCACAAAAGACACGCUAUCUCAAACGACUCAAUCGAUCCAUAUUCUUGCCGGCAUGGAAGAAUCCGUUUAACAAAAAGGCUCGUGAGCGACAGAAAAGGGAGCAAGAGCAACUUGCGCAUGUGGAUGCUAUGGACGAAAGAGACCAGGCUCGGCAGUUUGAAUACCAGUCGCAAGCACGCAUGCAACGCACACAACAAAGAAUGAACGAAUCAGGAGCUUCUUCUUCGAGCCGAAGCAGGUCGCAGUCUGAUCGAAAUCGUUAUCAGUUUGAAGCCGAUGCUGAAGACGAGGCCAUGGAAGACGAGAUUGAUCAAAAUUUGAGCUUGUUGAGCGGCGCAACCAAGAAUUUGAAGCAAAUGGCAAGCACGAUGAAUGAAGAGAUUGAUAGCCAGAACAAGCACCUGGAUAAAGUCGUAGACAAGGUUAAUCCUGUCAACGAGCGGAUCUUCAGUACCACACAGCAGCUGAACAGAAUAAAGUGAACUUUUAUGUGUAACGUGCAUUGAGAUGAGGUUGCUAUAAUAGCCGCCAUAAGCCACAUUUGGUGUGGGGGACACCAACCCCA